AUGAAGCUGAUACUGGAAGUUUGCAAAAUCCGAAUUGGCGUCAGUAGUUUUUAUGAUCCGCCUGGCAGAGCAUCGUCAACACUUCAUACUGGUCAGAGGCUGUUGCACGAUUUGAGUGUCAUAAUACAGCAUAACUGUGUAGCUGCCGUUGCUAGUAUGCCAAAUUUAUCAUGGAGGCCAGUGGCUCUACAUCGCCUUACACACAUGUCGUUGUGCUUCAUCGUGAUGAAUGAUUUGAUUGGAAGAGGACAGUGCGUAGUGACCGAUGAAAUCAAUGAAACGGCCAGCGGUGUCUCCAGAAGUUUCAAGACGCUCCUUCGAGUUGCAUCGCACGAGUAUGAAAAGUUAUUUGAAACAACAGAAAAUUCGCAUUCGCAAAACGAGGUUCUGGGAAAUUUCAUAGAGGAAGCCAGUUCUCAGAAAGAAACGUCUACCGCAGACGCGCAUCUAGAAAUGUCAGCGACUAAGCAGCGCCCGGAUAGUGAUGAUAUUGAUACUGAAUUCGACGAUAUUGAUUUCGACCGUGUGGACCAAGAUCGUCUAAAGCGAAAAUGCCGAGAGUGGCAGGAAGAAUUGCGAAAGACGAAUCAAAAAUUUAAAAGAGCUAUUGAUUGUAUACUACAUGAAGCCUCCAUGGGUGAAACGAAAGUUUUUGUGCCUGUAACUCCAUCAUCUUCAAAACAGUAG